AUGGUGAUACUAGAAGCCAUACCCACAAAUCACUUUGGCAGGGCCAAGGACUGCCCCAAAGAUGACCGACCUGAAUUCGCCAUAUUAGGUCGCUCCAAUGUUGGCAAGUCUUCUCUUAUUAAUGCCCUUGUUCACAAGAAAGAAAUUGCCCUCACCUCUAAGAAACCAGGGAAGACUCAGCUUAUCAAUCACUUCUUGGUCAAAAAAGCAUUACUCAAUGUGGAUUUGCCUGGUUAUGGCUUUGCUAAAGCGCCCGAAGCUGCUAAAAUGGACUGGUGCUCGUUCACCAAGGGGUACUUUUUGAAUAGAGAUACCCUGGUGGCUGUCUUGCUUCUCAUUGAUGCAAGUGUUCCACCUCAAAAGAUCGACCUGGACUGUGCGAAUUGGCUCGGACGCAAUAAUAUACCAAUCACUUUUGUUUUCACAAAAUGUGACAAAAUGAAGGUGGCAAAGGGAAAAAGGCCUGAUGAGAACACAAGGGAUUUUCAAGAAAUAAUCAGGCAAAACUACAAGAUACAUCCCCCUUGGAUCAUGACUAGCAGUGUAUCUGGAAUGGGCAGGGAUGAGCUUCUCUUGCACAUGUCACAGCUGAGAAACUACUGGGAUCAGUAGAAGGAAUUCUCAAAUAGUCAAAUCCAAAUACACGUAACGCUCUACAAGAACAUGCAUGAGCAAGUUGAAAUCACAGGAAAAGUUGCAACUUCACAGAUGAAUCGCGUGGAAAAGCUAUGGGGUUCAAUUAUAUACCCAUGGUAUUUCAGCUGGAUCUUUGUUCUCCUUGAGCUGCAGCCUUAUUUAUGUUGACCAUAUAUUACAUGGGAUCCAGCUUGAGUUGUUGCAUGGUACUGGAUCUUUAUACGAUGAUUCGUUAAGUGUAGUCCUACACUCCUGCUAAAUGUUUAUAGGACUAGAA